AUGGGUGACUAUACCCCGAACCCAAGCAAGUCGCUUCCCGUGUCGCCGGCCCGGAAGGCGCUGGUCGAUGACAUCAUCUCUCUCUAUGAGAUGGGAGCCACUGUCGAGCGCAUGCAGCGAUACACGCCCGACGCCGUGUACAACGACCCGGUCGGCUACGCCGACGACCGCUACCGGAUUGCCAGCCAGUGGUUCGGCCUGCCCUACGUCUUCCGCGAGGCCAGGAGCCGCGCGCACGAGAUCAUCACCAACGACAAGGACCUCAUCCAGUUCCUCCACGAGAUGGAGUGGCUCCCCAAAGUCGUACCCAAAAUCAUCACGAUCCGGUCGCUAGUCUCGCUCUCGCUGGAUCCGGCGACGGUGGAUAGCGACUUCAUCCGCGUCAAGUACCACAAGGAUCAGGCCGCCGCCAAGGAUUACAGCAAUGAGGGACCGGGCGUCAUGCUGAAGAAGGCAUUUGCUUCCGACAAGGGAGCGGGCAGAAGAUAG